AUGAGGCUACUUGUUCAUAACAUGAUGUGCUGUUUGAAAUGUGAGUCAUUCCCUCUCAAAAUUGAAGCAACGGAAGUGGAGAAUGAACAACAAGAUGAGAACAAGGAAUUUAUUUUGAAUGUACUUCAAAGAAUUGAUUAUGACGCUCUGAAAAGCGCUGCCAGUAAUCUUUCUAUCGAAGGCUUACCAGAUACAUUACCAGAAAAUGUUGGAGAAAACGAAGCUGCCAUGAAAUCACUACACAAACUUUUAUUGGAAUUGCAAGUAAAGAAUGGCGAGCUAGUUUGUACUAAUCCUUCAUGUGGUCGAAGAUAUCCAAUCAAGGACAGAAUACCGAACAUGGUACUGCGAGAUGAUGAAGUUUCUGAACUUAAAAAGUAA